CUGUUCAUGAGUUAUGCCGUCAUGGCACUGAUUGUUUGGCUGGUGAUGAAUGUUCUCGGUGAAAUGACCACCUAUUUGCCCGUGAAGGGCAUCUCGGUCCCCUACCUGAUAGGCCGCUUCACGGAGCCAAGCAUUGGCUUUGCUGCGGGGUACAACUACUGGUAUUCUUUUGCGAUGCUCUUAGCAACGGAGGUGACGGCAGCCGGCCUGAUCAUCGAAUACUGGACGACGUCCGUCAAUGUGGGAGUCUGGAUCACAAUCGUGCUAGUUGUGAUCCUGGUGCUCAAUAUCGUCGCAGUCUCAUGGUACGGCGAGGCAGAGUUUUGGUUUGCGACGCUCAAGAUCAUUGCUAUUAUCGGCCUGAUCAUCCUGGGCGUCGUGCUCUUUUUCGGCGGGGGUCCCAAGCAUGAUCGGCUGGGCUUUCGAUAUUGGCAGAACCCGGGCGCAUUCAAUCCCUAUUUGGUCCCCGGAAAUACCGGACGCUUCCUCGGAUUCUGGACGGCUCUUAUCAAGUCGGGCUUCUCGUUCAUUUUCUCUCCCGAGCUCAUCACCACUGCAGCUGGUGAAGUCGAAGCGCCGCGACGCAAUAUCCCGAAGGCCACCAAACGGUUCAUCUAUCGGGUGUUCACCUUCUAUAUCUUGGGAAGCUUGGUCAUCGGCGUCACCGUGGCAUACAAUGACCCGGGUCUGCUCUCCGGGGUCGCCAGCGGGGGUUCUGGUGCCGGGGCCAGUCCGUUUGUGAUUGGAAUCCAGAACGCCGGUAUCGCCGGCUUGAACCAUGUGGUCAAUGCCGCCAUUUUGAUUUCAGCCUGGUCUUCCGGGAACGCCUGGUUGUUUGCCGGAUCUCGAACGCUAUACUCGCUGGCCUGCGGUGGACACGCUCCGCGGUUCUUCGCGAGGUGCAACCGGAACGGCGUGCCAUACGUGGCCGUCCUGAGCACCUGGGCCAUUGGGUUGCUUUCGUAUCUAAACCUCUCCAGUUCCGGGGCCAACGUCUUCUACUGGUUCACCAACAUCACCACUGUUGGUGGCUUCAUCAACUGGGUCUUGAUAGCGAUUGCAUAUUUGCGAUUCCGCAAAGCUCUCAUUGCCCACGACAUGCUAGACAGCUUACCAUUCCGCACGGCCCUGCAGCCAUGGGGCUCCUACUUCAUCAUUCUGAUUGUCAGCGUUCUGACCAUGACCAAUGGGUACGCCGUGUUCUUUCCCGGACAGUUCACCGCCGCGGACUUCCUGGUCUCGUAUUUGGUGAUCGCGAUUUUCGUGGCGUUGUAUGUCGGCCAUAAGAUCUGGUAUCAGACUCCAUGGAUGACCAAAGUGUCGGAGAUCGACCUGUUCAGCGGUAAAGAGGAGAUCGAUCGACUGUGUGAGGAGGACUCGGAGCGACAGCCACGGAAUUGGCUGGAGCGAGUUUGGUGGUGGAUUGCGUAGAUCCUAAACGGACUGAGUUUUCGACACGAGCGAUCAAAAUGUAUAUACCCCAGUAGAAUGCAGGCUGUUGUUUGUUGUCCGUUG